AUGGGUGGAAAAUUGAGACGACAACAAGAACAUUUCUUCUACAUAAGUUGUUGCUUAAUUUUUAUUCGAAUUCAGUCUAGUAAUGAUAGAGUUUUAAAAAUUAUGUUAAACUCAAGGAUAAAGGCACAGAAUUUCUUCAAUAUUCUCAUUUUUAAGCAAGAAUUUUCAAUAUCGCAUGGAAUGAAAUUUGAGCCAAGAAUUGGCGAUAAAGAAAUUAAUGGAGUGAGAAUGAAAAGAUAUCAAAUUGCUGAUUAUCAAUAA